GAGCUGAUUCACUAGACGUCAAUAAUCAGAAGAAGUAAUAGUUGUUUGACAGCCGACAAAAAAAAAAAGGGAAAAAAAAGAAGAAAGGAGAGGCAGUAACAGUUUUGUUCACGUGUUUGCAGAGUCAAAGAACAGCUUUUCUUCUGUAACUUGCUGAGGUCCAGAUAAGCAACAUGGAGGAGACCAGCCGGGAGGCUGUAGCGACUGCAGUGCAGCGUGUGGCCGGCAUGCUGCAGAGGUCCGACCAGCUGGAUAAAGUGGAACAAUACCGAAGGAGAGAAGCUCGCAAGAAGGCCUCUGUGGAGGCCAGACUCAAGGCAGCAAUCCAGUCUCAGUUAGAUGGUGUUCGCACAGGACUGACCCAGCUGCAUACAGCCCUGCUGGACGUUAAAGACAUCCAGAGUUCACUGGCUAAUGUGAGCAAAGACUGGAGGCAGAGCAUCAACACUAUUGAGAACCUAAAAGAUGUGAAGGAUGCUGUAGUUCAGCACAGUCAGCUAGCUGCUGCAGUGGAAAACCUUAAAAACAUUUUCUCUGUUCCAGAGAUAGUGCUGGAGACCCAGCAGCUGGUUGAGCAGGGUGAGCUGCUGCAUGCCCACAGGAAGUUGAUGGAGCUGGAGUGCUCUCGUGAUGACCUCAUGUAUGAGCAAUAUCGAAUGGACAGCAAAAACACCAGUGACAUGAACCUCAUCUCGAUCUACUUUGAAGAGGUUCAAGGGCUGUCAGAUGAGCUUGCCAAGCAAUUAUGGAUGGUACUGCAGAGGUCCAUGGUUACCGUGCGUCGAGACCCUACCAUGUUGGUGUCUGUGGUCCGUAUCAUUGAGCGAGAGGAGAAGCUUGACCGACGGAUGGUUGACAGAAAGAAACAGACGGGCUUCAUUCCACCUGGGCGACCCAAGCGCUGGAAGGACAAAAUGUUUGAGAUGUUGGAAGGUACUGUCAGCACCCGCAUUGAGGGCACCCAGGCAGUGACCAGAGAGACUGAUAAAAUGUGGCUCGUUCGUCUGCUGGAAAUAACCAGGAAAUAUGUUCUGGAUGACCUUAUUGUUGUCAAAAACCUUAUGGUGCAGUGCUUCCCUCCACACUACAACACCUUCAACAGAUUUUUCAGCCUCUAUCACAAUGCUGUGUCCACACGUGUAAAGGAGCUGACUUUGGAGGACUUGGAAGCUAAUGAAAUUGUGUCACUGCUAACAUGGGUUCUCAACACUUACAAGAGUGUGGAAAUGAUGGGGCAUCCAGAUCUCUGUUCAGAGUUUGACAUCAAUCAGCUGGAGCCGCUGCUGCUACAGGAAGUAGUGGAUAACCUGCUUAGCAAAUACGUGAAGACGUUUACAUCUAAUAUAACAGGUUGGCUGCGAAAGGCCUUGGAAACAGAUAAGAAAGACUGGCUGAAAGAAACUGAGCCUGAGGCAGACCAAGACGGAUACUACCAGACCACGCUGCCAGCCAUCGUCUUUCAGAUGUUUGAGCAGAAUCUGCAAGUUGCUGCCCAGAUAGAUGGUGACUUCAAAGAACAGGUUCUGAAGCUUUGUCUAAAACAGAUGAAUUCUUUCCUUAUGAGGUAUCGGGAGGAGGUUGUGGCCUAUAAAGAUGAACACCUGAGGGACAGACAGCUGCCUCAGUGUUACAUACAGUAUAUGAUCGCAAUCAUCAACAACUGUCAAACAUUCAAAGAGUCCAUCAACAGUCUGAAGAGGAAGUACUCUCAGUCCUCAGAUCCUUUUGACAGCGACGCUGCAAUCGUGAGGACCCUUAGUGAGGUUGUGAAGGAGGGCUGUCAGUUUCUGUUGGAUGAAGUCUUCUUGGACCUUGAAAAUCACCUGAAUGACCUGUUGACCAGGAAGUGGCUGACAGGUUCUCAUGCUGUGGAUACCAUCUGUGUGACAGUUGAGGACUACUUCAAUGACUUCAACAAGGUCAAGAAACCUUUCAAUCAGGAAAUGACCAACGAGGCCUUGCGCAGGGUGGUGGUAGAGUACCUGAAAGCAGUGAUGCAGAAGCGAAUCACCUUUAAAAAUGCUGAUGAGAGGAAAGAUGGAGCAGAGAGGAUGAUCAAAGAAGCUGAACAGUUCAAGUUCCUCUUCAAGAAACUGGCAGCGGGUGAGAACACAGACCGACUUUGUGGCUCCAUCACGGCCAUAGCUGAAGUUAUCAAGCUGACUGACCCCACACUACUCUUCCUGGAAGUCACCACUCUGGUCUCCAAAUAUCCUGAUAUCAGGGAGGAUCACAUCCAGGCACUGCUCGCUGUGCGUGGUGAUGCCAGCAGAGAAAUGAGGCAAAUGAUCAUUGGGACCCUAAGUGAGAACAAAGUUUCCUACUCUGGUACCACACAGCCCAUUUUCAAAGACAUUACUGUGCCCACCAUCACCAUGACAACUAUGACCACCAUGACCUCCAUGGCAACUGCAAAGCUGCUCAAAUAAAGCAAGACUUCCUGACACCACUGCUACGCUGAAUCACAAUAGCAUCAAGAAAAAUAUUUUUCUGAAUAUUGUUUUUUUUUAUUCAGUCUAGUCAGUUUUUUCUUUUGCUCUUCUUCAUUUUGGAACAUGAUUCAUGCUUCAUUUGAAAAACCCAAUAAAAGCUGUUUAAUAAACUGGA